AUGGUCAAUGAAAGAGCCGAAGAUGUCGGAUCAGUGUCAUCAGAUCGUGUAACUUACACCUUGUUGCUUACGGGAAGCCCCUCCCGGGUCCCGCUCUGCCGGGAUUUCGGGCUCCGCUAUGAGAGAGCGCUGGAGCUGGAAGACGGCAACGCGGUUCCGUACGCAAACCGCGGCGUGGCACUGUCCCGAGGGGACCUCCCCUUGCCUCACAAAUAG